AUGAACCGCGUAGGCUUUGGGAGCUGCGUGAGCCCGUGCCUGGCCGCCAGCCGGCUUGCCACUCCUGCUCCGGUUGCGAUGGCGGGGCGUCGGCUGGGCGCGCGGAUGGUCGCACUUGCUGGGAAGCCGGCCAAGUCGACCGGCAAUGAAGCGCUGGACAGUGCAAUCAGCGUUGGCAAGGGGCUGGUGGACAGCGCAUCCGAGCUGGUGCCGGAGAGCGUGCCGCGACCGGUGGCCAAGGGUGGCGUGGCGGUGGCUGGGGGUCUGCUGGCGUUCUGGCUGCUCCAGAAGGUGCUGUCCACUCUGCUGACUGUGGCCCUGCUAGGAGGCGCCGCCUGGCUGUACUUCCGGUCCCAGUCUGGCAGCGACGAUAGCGGAAGCAGCAGCGGUGGCGGUGGCGGCACAUCGGACCCGUCAGACCCGCUUGGCGAGGCACGCAAGAUCAUGGACAAGUGA